CGGAAGAUUCCAUUGCGUGGAAAGGAGACAGGUGUAAGACAGAGGCUUUUCUGCCUCACUCUCACUUGUCUUUUCGCUUCUUACUGCUUCCAAACUCGUAUUCUGUAGACUUGUGCCCACAACUUUAUUAUUUUCUGCCCUUUUCCAAGUGAGUUAUUUUUGGCUGCGCGGUACUGUCCCCUGUGCUCUGCCCAAUAACAAGCCGGUUCCUCAUACGUAGGUAGUUGCUGGGCAGACAACACCCCGCCUUAGCAAUCCGUACCACAGCCGUACCGCCCUCUGAGCGCUCAGCCCCGCCUCAGCCACAAGAAGGGCGGGACCAGGAUUUGAGUGACAGGACGCUCGGAGGGCGGGCAAAGACACAGCAGCCAAUAGUAACUCCGGCUAGCCUUGACGAGCAGAGCUCACAGCCAACCGGAUUUAGCGCGCCGGGGGAAGGCGGGGCGCUCCGUUGCUAGGGCCGCGCUGUUGCUAGGGCCGCGACAGAGCGCGGUGGCGGCCGCCGCCGCCUUCCCGACCCGCCGCCUCCGCCUUCCUCGGUCCUGGGCGAUGGUGAAGCUCUCCGCCAAGUGCCUGCUGGCAGGGAUGAAUCAGCAGGCUUCCUCUCCAGCCAAGUGACAUUUGCUUCUGUUAUGCCCAGGAUGCAACUAAUGAGCCACCAGCAGCAUUGAGUCAGCAAGAGCUGCUCACUUAGCAGGGUCAGCAAGAAGAGUUCAUCGAGGAAUGCUACCAGAUUAAGCAGCUUUGUACUAUAUGGAAGACCUGCCUCUCCACUAAACUCAGUAUAACACUAACAAGGAUUUGAAUUUGUGGAAAUGUGUAUUUUGAGGAGAGAGAACAGCCUGUGCAGUUCAGUCUCCCGUAUCAUGUUGUCAGAUUCUUUGUAACACCAUGCCUGGAAAAUGUGAUCCAGCUGUGGGGAAGAGUGCUUUAGCUCAGAUGUUCCGCAAUGAUGGGGCUCAUUUUCAGAAGAACUAUACAUUGACAACGGGCAUUGAACUGUUGGUGAAGGCUAUAUCAGUUCCAGAGACAAGUGAUAGUGUGGAAUUCUUCAUUUUUGACUCUGCAGGCAAGGAUCUAUUUUCUGAGAUGCUGGAGAAACUGUGGGAGCAACCAAAUGUCCUGUGCCUUGUGUAUGAUGUCACUAAUGAGCAAUCUUUCAACAACUGUGCCAAGUGGCUGGAAAAGCUGAGGGCACAAGCAGUUGGAAUGCACAUCCCAGGUGUCUUAGUGGGGAAUAAAACAGAUCUGGUUGGUCGUCGAGUUGUGGAACAGAAACAAGCACAGGAAUGGGCUGACAAACAUGGUCUGGAAUACUGUGAGACAUCAGUAAAGGAGAUGAAAAAUUUUGAGGCCCCUUUCAACAUCCUGGCAAAGUCAUUCCACCAACUGUACAAAGAAAAAGUGGAAACCUUUCACUCACUAGCUUGAGGGCCGUGACUGGGAUGACUUAACUUCAGAGCUUCUUCUAGUGCCCAGAAUCCUAUGGAUUGGAAUACAGAGAGAGGAAAAAAGAUGAGCUUUUUGCUUCUUCACGGUCAUCUUCUGGUAAUUCAAAAUAAACUAGAAAUAAGCGAGUGGAAAGACA